GUAAUAAGACGUAUCGGCAAACUGUUUUUAGCGACACCUCUGCUGUUUUGGGAUCAAAGUUCAUCCAACUAAAACUGAGCUGUCUCUACUAAUUUACUAACUAGUUAUAAUAGUAAAAAGGAGAGAAAAUCAUCACCAUGUUGAGAUCUAGGCAAUUACGAAGUCUUGCCUCAGCCAUGCGACAGUUAUCAACCAGAGGUCAGCCUUCUGUUUUCCAGAACAAAAUAAGCAUUCCUCAAUCGUGUAAUGUACAGAAAAGAAUGAUUGCUGUACAGCCAAAUGAGCUUCGUAAGUCAUGGCCAGCACCUGCUUUCAAUCUCGACAAAAUGACGGAACUACUUGAUCACGAUAACCAUGAAAUGCGUAAACAAUUCCGCCAGUUUGUUAGUGAUCCCAUUAUGAUACCAAAGUACAACAUUUCCUUAGCUGAGGAAAGAGAAGUAGCUUUACAGAGACUUAAACGUAUAUGUGAUGCAGGUUUUUUAUCAGUCCUUGAUUUCAAUGACAAUCCAUUACGAAUAUUUGCUGCCCAUGAGUUAGCAGCCAUCAUUGACGCAGCUAUGGCAACUAAGAUGACAGUUCAGUUUAAUUUGUUUGGUGGUACUGUUCUUAAACUUGGUACAGAAAGACAUCACAAGAAACUGCUUAAAGGUAUUGACACCCUAGAUGAUAUUGGUUGUUUUGGUCUGACUGAACUUGGGUAUGGAAACAAUGCAGUUGAAAUGGAGACUACAGCUACUUAUGAUAAAUCAACCAAGGAAUUGGUUGUCAACACUCCAACAACUGUAGCACAGAAAUACUGGAUCACUAAUGGGGCUGUACAUGCUAAACAUAUUAUUGUCUUUGCUCAAUUGAUGAUGGAGGGAGUUAAUCAAGGUAUUCAUGGUGUAUUGGUGAGAAUCAGAGAUGAUGAUCUUAAAGUGAUGCCAGGAGUCAGAGUGGAGGAUAUGGGAUAUAAAAUGGGAUUGAACGGUGUAGACAAUGCCAAACUAUUCUUUGACAAUGUACGUGUCCCAAAAGAGAACCUUCUAAAUAAGUACUCUGAUAUUGAUGAUGAAGGUAACUUCAGUAGUAGCAUUAAGAGUGAGCGUGCUCGAUUCCUGACAGUGGCUGAUCAGCUGUUGUCGGGACGUAUUUGUAUUGCAAGUAUGUCCAUGGGAGUGGCCAAAGCUUCCAUGGCUAUUGCCUUAAGAUAUGCUGCCUCCAGGUUAACUGUUGGUAAGACUGGUAAAUCUGAUACACCCAUUCUCCUGUAUCAACUCCAGCAACGUGCAUUGCUCCCACUGUUAGCUCGUACUUAUGCUAUGAACUUUGGUCUAGACUAUGUAAAAGAUCGCUGGGCUUUCCAGAAAGAAGAUGGUUCUGAACAUGCAGAAGCAGUUACAAUGUGUUGUGUGAUUAAACCUCUGGCUUCAUGGCAUGUAGAGGAGUGUGCAUCUACAGCACGAGAGAGAUGUGGUGGUCAAGGGUACCUGUCCUGUAAUAGGUUUGGUCCAUUCAUUGGUCUGGCCCACGCUGCCAUGACAGCUGAGGGGGACAAUAGUGUACUGAUGCAGAAGGUGGCUAAAGAGAGACUUGGUGUGUUCAGGCCACACAAAGUGGAUAAAAGUCAAUCAGAAGAUCUAUCUAGCACCAGCUACUUACACCAACUUCUUCUGAAACGUGAAAACUCAUUGUUCAUCAGUCUGGGCAAGAAAAUGCAAGCUGCAGGAAAAGAAAAACUGUUUGACACUUGGAUGUAUCAAGAAAGUGACCUUGUUCAAGCAGCUGCUAAAAGUUUUGGUGAGAGGUUAAUCAGCGAGAGAUUUGCAGCAGUAAUUGAGCAGGCAGACUCUUCUUUGAAGCCAGUUCUGAGCACAUUGUAUGAUUUAUAUCUAGUAGAUGCAGUAGAAAAAGACCUGUCAUGGUUUGUUAUAUCUAAGACAAUGUCAAUAGAGGCCGGCGGUAAAGUGAGUGAAAGAGCUGCCGACUUAUGUAGGGAGGUAUCCCCUCAGUCCUUAGCUCUCUGUCAGGCGUUCGCCAUGACAGACACCAUGUUGUCAGCACCCAUUGCCUUAGACUGGGUAGACUUCAAUGUGGGAGACAAUCAAGGGGAAGUUCAGUAGACUGUGGCAGUAGAUUAAUUGGGGGAAGUUCAGUUGACUGUAGCAGUAGAUUAAUUGGGGGAAGUUCAGUAGACUGUGGCAGUAGAUUUACUGCUGGAAGUUCAAACGAUUGUGUUACUACAACUGCUAUACAUUUAUGUACUUAUGUAUAAUUUAUUGUGAUUUCAAAGUUAUUAAUUGAUUGACCAAACUCAAAUUAACAGCAUUCAAUUAGAAAACAAAUAGUAGUGGCCAGUAUUGAUUAGGGUUAGUUGGAGACAUUUGAAUGUCAACAUGCGAACAAGGGAAUUUCUUUAUAAACUCUUUUUGAAAAUUUGAAAUCUGAACUUUAAGAAAAUUUGUAACAUGUAUUUUUUAAUUUCAUUUCAUUUGCAUUUGAGAGAGUGUUUUUGUGUUUUGGUUUUGAAGGAGGAUUAAAUAUAAGUCAAAUGUCAGUUUUCAGACUAAGUCACUGAUACGAUUAGACUGAGUUGUACUGACUGAUGGGAAUAUUUAUCACUGUCAAAAUAUUUCCCUAGGUGUUAAUACUUAUUCCUAAUAUAAGUAAUUUUUAGGUAGUAAAUGUGCAUGACAAAUAAGAAUGAACAAUUGCUGUGUCUAAAGUUUGGUACCAUUUAUAUCAUUAUGCAUUCAAAUGGUUAAAACUAUAAUGUAUUAUAAUGUAAUUUCUUUUUGAUGAUUUUAAUAUAGAGUGACUUUGCUGAGAGUGCAACCAUCAAAUAUAUAAUCAGAUUAUUGAUUGUGACAAAUAUAAGUCAUAAUGACUGUUAUCUCUUAAUAGAGAGGUUAAACCUUUAAUUAUUUGUUUGUCAAAUGUAUUCAAAUUAAUUGUGAUAAUUCAUGUCAUUUAGGCAUAUAAAAUAUAUAAAAAAAAAUACAUUAUUGCUAUUUUCUCUAAUUUUGGUCUAGAUUUUCUAUAGUAGAAAGAGGAUGUAUUACCUAAUGAGCCUAUGUCAUUGAUGUUGUCUAGGAAAACAGUGAUAAAAAGAUUAUCAAUGUUCUGUCAAACUUGAGGAUGUUUCUCUUCUACAUUUCAACUCCUGAAGGCCUGUACCCCACUGAUGAACAUUUUGCUGAGAAACAUGCUCUGCUUUGAAAAACCAUGGAUAAUUUAUAAAUAUAGAACAAAAUAUAUAUAUAUAUAGAACCUGUGUCUUGGUGUUUGUGUUUUGCUAGAGGAGAUGUUAUUGAGUUUUAAUUAUUGUCUGUCGUAUAAAAUAUCUAGUAGACUACACAUAAAUCAAAGUAAUAUUAUGAAACCGAUGGGAAAACUUAAAUUAUAUGACUUUUUGUUUGAAAUAAAACUUGUAAAUUAAUUGUGUUUAAACACACUGUAAAAUGAUAUUCCAUCACAUACACCAGUUUAAAUUGAAUACAAUUAUCAAAAUGAAUUGAUUUCACAAAUGUAGUACAUGUAUUAAUUAAGUUAAAUAUUCCAAUAUCCCCAAAAAAAUAUAUUUACUCAAGUUCUGAAAGAAAAAAAAUAUUUUUGUCACUAAAUAUUAUUAAAUAUAUUAAGACUUAAUAAAAAAAAGAACGUGUAUAUCUGAGUUGCAAGGGUUUUGUGUUCUAUAGUCUGUAUCAUUAAAUAGUUACUGUUGUUAUAUAUGAUUUUUUUUACAAUUUGGAGAACAUGAAAUUUAGAGUUGUAAUAAAUGGAAUUAUCUUCUC